AUAAAAGGAGGCCCACAUCUCACAUGCUAGAAACAGAAUUAGGAUCUUUAAGACCAAGAGGGGCAUUUUACACAACACAACAUACCCAGAUUAGGCAAAAGAUGGCAAAGAGCUUGGUUGGACUCUGGACUAAUGGAGAUUGCACAGAAAUGGACAUUGCGGAGCCAGAGAAGGGACAUCUGACCGGCUGGUAUAAGAUAGCAGUGGGCACACCAAGGGAAGCUUCAGUGCCCCUAAAGGGACUUGUGAAUCACACCAAGGCGGACAGUCCAUGUUUCAGCUUCUGCGUGUCCAUGGGAGAAAUUGGAGGAGACUCAUGUAAUGCAGUUGUUGGACAAUAUUUUAACCACAAUGGGGAAGAAGCCCUCAAAACACUGUGGUUGAUGCGUGCAGGUGUGGACAGCCACGAAGACAACUGGGGGGCCACAAGGGUUGGCGAGAACACCUUCAAGAGAAAAACAGCAUGAAAAGAACGCCAAAAAGAG